AGAAAAUUCGCCUCCAAGACGAAAAGGACUCCCUUUUCCCACCACUUCCCCCCUCCCUCCUCUCGCCCACACCCCACCCCACCCCAGCCAUGGCCGCCUCCUGCGACCUCGUCGACGUCGAUCCCCCCGAGCUCCAGUUCCCCUUCGAGCUCGACAAGCAGAUCUCCUGCCCCCUCAGGAUCGCCAACAAGACCGAGAGGACGGUCGCGUUUAAGGUUAAGACGACGAGCCCCAAGAAGUACUGCGUGCGCCCCAAUAAUGGCGUCGUGCGGCCGCGAUCCGCCUCCGUCGUUGUAGUCACGAUGCAAGCGCAGAUUGUGGCGCCUCCGGACUUGCAGUGCAAGGACAAGUUCUUGGUGCAGAGCGUGGUCGUCGACGAUGGCUUGUCAGCUAAGGACAUCACCUCUCAAAUGUUCCUGAGAGAUGAGAACAACAUGGUUGAGGAGGUGAAGCUUAAGGUUUCUUAUGUGAUGCCACCUGAACCAGCGAUGGAGAUUGCAGAGGAGUCUGAUAUUCCAAAGAGAAUUUUGGUGCCUAUGCAGCGGAUUUUGGAUAAUGGGAGGAGUGGUUCGGAGCUGUCAAGUGGUAAUGUCUCAUUGAGAUCAGCUGAGAUGGGGACAGAGUUGGGAUCACCUCUUGGACGAUUUGUGAGAAAUGAGGAUAUGCUGAAGACUGCAAGUCCUGUUGUUGAAACAAGAGUACAUGCAGGACCUGAUGAACAAUACCUCGAGCUGUCCGCUUUGGUUGCAAAAUUGACCGAAGAAAAGAAGUCUGCACUUGAGCAAAAUAGGAAACUUCGAGAGGAGCUGGAGCUUGCAAGGCGUCAAGCCAGUCAACAUCAAGGAGGCUUCUCGCUGGCAUUCGUACUGGUGAUUGGGCUACUUAGCAUUAUUCUGGGUUGUCUUGUAAAGAAAUGAGAAAUCUCAUAUUCCAGUCUAGUCAGAUAAUUCUACAGUAAAUAAAAAGGUGACGUCGUGGGGAUGCUUAGUUUUGUUGGUCAGCUGCCAAAGGAUGCAGAAAAACAAAUGUACCAAGUUUGGUGAGGUUUACUGUUUACAAGUGUCCGAUGGACAAAAAAGGGUGGUGUUUGUGUGGCGUCGUAGUGGUAAUCUAGCUUGAUCCAUGAUGUAUUUUUAAACUAAUCAUUGGAAAGUUACUCCUAUUGAUUGUUACGUGUGUGGUUUUCAGUAUUAGAUUUUCUUAAUUUUAUCUAUAAAACGUGAUUGUAGUAUCGA